GCUUUCUCUUCGUUCUUCAACGAUCCCACCCAAAAAAUCCGCCAGAAAAAGGAAGAAAAAGGGGAGAAAGGGAUUCCCAUAUAAGCUUACCUUUUCUAGGGUUUUUCGUCAAUUUCAAUCCCUUUCUACUCCUUUUCCUUUUCUGAUUCUUCUUCUCCUCCUCCUCCUCCUUCAUCAGCAUUAUCCAUGCGACUUUCCGGAAAUUCCCAAACAGAUAUAUACAUAAUCUACCCUUUUUAGAUUUAUCAUUGUUAUUCUUUUCUGUCCAAAUUUUGACUGGCGGAUGGAAUUUGAUGGUGUUAAGUCGAUGAAAACGAUGCAGAAGAGGUCACAUGCGUUGUCGUUUAGUCAUAAUUUUCCGGUGAAGUUGGAAGUUGCUGCGGCGGCGGCGGCGGCGGAGGAGAGGCAGUAUGGUCAUGAUUCUUUGGAUGGUGGUUAUGGGUAUUACGGUCGUGUCAGUAAACGUUCUAGGUUGUCUCCGUCUAGCUCGUCGUCAUUGUCUUCUUUGUUUCAGCUUCAGCGAUGGAGCAGCGGGGGCCAUGAGUUUUCUGCUGAGUCUUCGCAGCAUAAUCCGCUCGCUGAACCAAGUCCUCUGGGUUUGCGGUUAAGGAAGAGUCCGUCUUUACUUGAUUUAAUUCAGAUGAGGCUAUCGGGGAGCAAUGCUUUGCCUGUAGCAGCUGCACCUGUUGAGGUUCCUAGUAAUGGGAUCAAAAAGGACGUAAAGACCUCAAGUGCAUCUGAUAAGAUGAAGGCCUCGAAUUUUCUUGCUUCUUCUUUAAGAAUUGGGGGAUGGGAGUUCGUAUCAAAGCAUGAAGGUGACUUGGUGGCUAAGUGUUACUUUGCUAAGAAAAAACUUGUCUGGGAAGUUCUUGAAGGUGGUUUGAAGAGUAAAAUAGAAAUACAGUGGUCUGAUAUUAUUGGUCUGAAAGCAAACUGUCCUGAUGAUGCUCCUGGAACUUUGACUGUAGUGCUUGCUCGGCAGCCCUUGUUCUUUAGAGAGACCAAUCCGCAGCCCCGAAAGCAUACUCUCUGGCAGUCGUCUUCAGAUUUUACUGGAGGACAAGCUAGCAUACAUAGGCAACAUAUUGUACAAUGCCCUCCUGGAAUGUUAAGUAAGCACUUUGAGAAGCUCAUCCUGAGUGAACCACGGCUGAACUUUCUGAACCAGCAGAAUGAGUUUAUGGUGGAAUCAAUUUGCUUUGAUUCCCAAGCAUCUGUUCAAGAAAAUCCAGAUCAGAAUAGUAUUGAACUUCAUAAUGGUGAAGUCUCACCUGUUUCAUGCUUUCGUGAUGGAGCAUCACCAUCCUUGUCAGAAUUAUCGUCAUUGAAUUAUGAAUCGGGCUCUGUAAAUUUGUGGAAAGGAAUUCCUUCACCAAGCUCAGUGAUGGAUGCUAAUGCCAUCGAAGGGAGCCAGGGAUCUCAAUCUGAUAUCCAAACACUGAAAAACUUGGAACAGUACAAAGUGACAGGGAUUCGCCCAUCAAUAUCCUUAAGUGAUUUGGUGAAUCACAUUGGAAAUCAGAUCUCGGAACGAGUGACCUCUGGAAAUAUGCCUUCAGAGAAAGCAUCAGAGUGCCAUGAAAUGCUUGAGAAUGUUGCGCAGAUGUUGCUAAGUGACACCCAGAAUGAUGCAGCUUCGGAUGAGAAACUCAUGAAGAAGGUAAACUCUCUCUGCUGCCUUAUCCAGGAUCCAGUGGCUUCUGUAAAUUCUUUGGACCCACUAACUGAAGGGAGCAAUGCCGAAGACUUCGAAUGGGAGAUCAAAGCCGCUGAUGACGGCAUCUCAAGGAAUGAUUCGUUCGGGGAUCUUUUUCUUCAUUUUCCCCGCACUGCAUCUUUUCAGAAGUUUCUAUGUGAUAUUGAUGAAACUGAGGAAAACCAAAAUUAGGUGAAUGUUAGAAACUGGAAGCUGAUGGUGAAGUUUUUCUUCCGCAGCAGCGUGUCAAUAUUUUUUAUACACGCUGUGUUUUUCCUAUUCAGUUGGACUUCAGGAAUUUUUUUCGGAUUCGGAAAUUUUGGUUGAUGAAGAAUCCUGAUAAUUUCCUGGAUAUUGCGUACUUUUGUAUAUCAAUUUGGGAUAUCAAGAGGCAAUUGAAGUUCAAGAUCCCUUUGUUAAUAUAGGUUUUUAAUUUAUAAGGAUGAUGAAGGCAUAAUUUGUGCCUGGCUUAUAGAGUUGGCAUUUAAUAAUGCUCUCCAGCAGCAUACAUAAGAGUGAGAUGUUUCUUUUUUCACGGUUUGUAAAUUGGUGUGGUUUUUGCUGUUGUAACUCUGAUGAUCCAAUUGGAUUGGGCCGAAAAGUUUAUAUUUUGUUCCUCUCAAUUACUCUAUUUGUCCAAAAUAUGAUUGUCCUAACAUAAAGAAUUCUUUUGGACAAAUUGAAU